UCCUCCUCUUUCCUCCUCCCCCUCCUCCUCUUCCUAUCUGCAAGGAUUCGUUCGCAGGCUCCGAGUCAUUCCUCUCCUUCCUCGCACAUCAUUCAAUUCCCAACACCACCAUCAUUAAUCUUAUGCUUUGUGUUGCCUUUGCCUUCUACUUUCUUCUUCUCUGCCUGCCUCGCUCUUCACCACCCCACCCUUCGCCCCUCCAUAUCUACCGGACAUUCAAACUUCUCUCCCUCCCUCUCCCCUCAUUGUCAGUCUAGUAUAAUGAUCCUGAAGUAAUUUAGCGCCGUCCAAACAUGUGAUGGAACUACCAGUGUGUUGCUUCUAGCAGGGAUAUAACACCCACUAUCAUCACCUGCAGGGGGGAGGACGCAGUAUUGUGAUUUUUGCGUUGUUGUCGUUGUUGUCGUUGUUGUCGUUGUUGCGGUGGUGUUUUUCGAUACUUACGGGGUUGUUGUUGCUGGCCUCGGUGCGUCGAGCUGCCUGGUUUAGUGACUUUCGGAGCACCCGCGUGAGCAUAUUGGAGUGUAAGUGGUAAAGCUGCUGCUGAGAAGAUGCCAGGAAAGCUCCAGACUGUCACUGGAGGGUGGUCCCUUGGCCGCAGUCUUGGAGGUUGGACAAGCACAGAGUCUUGGGGGGAAAGAGCAAGAGUUCGAGAGGUGGGGAUUUAGCUCAACUGUCAACUGGUACGGGCCCACAUACAUUGGCAGCAUAAGUUUCAAGAGAUACAGCAGUACAUAAUUGAGAUUUGCUGAGGAGGAGGGCGAGUAAUAGUAUGCAAGAUGUCGACCCCCAAGUUGGCUUACUCGUCAGGGAGUUCUGUGAAGUCAAAGCAUAGUGUCCGGGUGGCGCAAACUACGGCAGAUGCCAAACUGCAGGCUGUGUACGAAGAAUCUGGAGAUUCAGGAGAUUCAUUUGAUUACUCUAAAUCAGUUCAUGCGUCUAAAUCCACGGGUGAGAAUGUUUCUGCUCAAGCAGUUACCGCAUACCUUCAGCGUAUGCAAAGAGGGGGUCUGAUGCAGACUUUCGGGUGUAUGUUAUGCGUGGAAGAGAGUAAUUUUAGGGUUAUUGCCUUCAGUGAGAAUGCCCCAGAGAUGCUUGAUUUGAUGCCACAAGCUGUGCCAAGUGUGGGCCAACAGGAAGUUCUGGGCAUUGGAACGGAUGCCAGAACUUUGUUCACCCCUUCCAGCGCCGCUGCCUUGGAGAAGUGCGCAGGAGCUGUGGAUGUGACUAUGCUGAACCCUAUCUCAGUGCACUGUCGAAGCUCGGGGAAGCCGUUCUAUGCAAUUCUGCACCGUAUCGAUGUGGGACUGGUGAUCGAUUUUGAGCCAGUGCGGUCGAACGAUGCCAUUGUGUCCUCCGCUGGGGUGUUACAGUCGCAUAAGUUGGCUGCAAAGGCGAUUUCUCGGCUGCAGGCACUUCCUGGCGGAGAUAUUGGUCUGCUUUGUGAUAUUGUUGUUCAGGAAGUGCGCGAGCUUUCAGGCUACGAUCGUGUUAUGGCUUACAAAUUCCACGAAGACGAACACGGUGAGGUCUUAGCAGAAAUUCGGAGAUCAGAUUUAGAACCUUACUUGGGCUUACAUUACCCAGCAACAGAUAUCCCACAGGCAUCAAGAUUCCUGUUUAUGAAAAAUAAAGUUCGAAUGAUUGGUGAUUGCUUUGCUUCUCCUGUGAAAGUGAUUCAGGACAAGGAUUUGAGGCAGCCUAUCAGUCUUGCGGGAUCUACAUUACGCGCUCCUCACGGUUGCCAUGCGCAGUAUAUGGGUAAUAUGAACUCUAUUGCUUCCUUAGUGAUGGCUGUGAUUGUGAAUGACCCUGACGAGGAUCCUAAUGCACGCGGGGGUCAGCAAAGAGGGCGCAAGCUCUGGGGAUUGGUAGUUUGUCACCACACGUCUCCGAGGACCGUCUCUUUUCCCUUGAGAUCGGCUUGUGAGUUCUUAAUGCAGGUAUUUGGUUUGCAGCUGAAUAUGGAGGUUGAGCUUGCAGCUCAGCUAAGAGAGAAGCAUAUUUUGAGAACUCAAACCCUCCUCUGUGAUAUGUUGUUGCGGGAUGCACCUAUAGGAAUCGUAUCCCAAUCACCCAAUAUCAUGGAUUUGGUCAAAUGCGACGGUGCAGCACUGUACUAUGGGAAACGGUUUUGGCUCUUGGGAAUUACACCUAACGAUGCUCAGAUUAAGGAAAUUGCUGAUUGGCUCUUGGAACAUCAUCAGGAUUCGACCGGUUUGAGUACAGACAGUCUGGCCGAUGCAGGUUACCCUGGCGCUGCGCAGCUUGGUGAUGCUGUGUGUGGAAUGGCAGCAGCGAAGAUUACCUCUAAAGACUUUCUUUUCUGGUUCAGGUCGCACACCGCCAAGGAGAUCAAAUGGGGAGGUGCCAAGCACGAUCCUGAUGAGAAGGAUGACGGCCGAAAAAUGCAUCCCCGGUCUUCGUUUAAGGCCUUUCUAGUAGUUGUGAAGAGAAGAAGUUUACCAUGGGAAGACAUAGAAAUGGACGCAAUUCACUCUCUUCAACUCAUUUUGAGAGGUUCAUUUCAGGAUAUUGACGAUAGUGACACCAAAACUAUGAUACAUGCCCGACUGAAUGACUUGAAGCUCCAGGGCAUGGAUGAGCUCAGCACAGUCGCUAAUGAAAUGGUUAGAUUGAUAGAGACAGCGACCGCACCUAUUCUCGCUGUGGACUCAGGUGGAUUCAUUAAUGGUUGGAACGCCAAAGUAGCUGAACUAACAGGGCUUCCAGUCGAAGAAGCCAUGGGUCGGUCGCUGGUAAAGGAUUUAAUUUUAAAUGAAUCAAUCGAUGUCGUGCAGCGGCUUCUCCACCUCGCACUACAAGGUGACGAAGAACAAAACAUUGAGAUUCAAUUGAAGACCUUCGGUCCACAAAAAGAGAAAGGCGCGGUGAUUUUGAUAGUGAAUGCUUGCUCUAGUAGAGAUGUUCAAGACAAUGUGGUCGGAGUAUGUUUUGUUGGACAGGAUGUGACAGGUCAAAAACAGGUUUUGGAUAAAUUCACUCGGAUACAAGGGGACUAUAAGGCUAUAGUUCAGAAUCCGAACCCUCUGAUCCCUCCCAUAUUCGGUACUGAUGAGUAUGGAUACUGUUCUGAGUGGAAUCCUUCAAUGGAAAAGCUUACUGGAUGGAAGAGAGAAGAGGUGAUUGGAAAACUGCUAGUUGGCGAAAUUUUUGGUAUUCAACUUAUGUGUUGCCGACUCAAGAGCCAAGAUGCAAUGACGAAAUUCAUGAUUGUACUAAAUGGUGCCAUGGACGGUCAAGACACAGAUCGAUUUCCCUUCUCCUUUUUUGAUAGACAAGGGAAGUACGUGGAUCCCUUACUCACAGUGAACAAGAGAACUGAUGCAGAAGGAAGCAUCACUGGCGUAUUUUGCUUUUUGCACACAACCAGUGUGGAAUUGUUACAAGCAUUGACUGUUCAACGUUCGACUGAGAAAGUUGCUUUCGCAAAACUCAAGGAAUUGGCUUACAUUCGACAGGAGAUCAAGAAUCCUUUGUAUGGUAUAGUAUUCACACGUAAUUUGAUGGAAGACACAGAUUUGUCUGUAGACCAAAGGCAAUUCGUGGAGACUAGCGCGGUCUGUGAACGUCAACUGCGCAAAAUAUUGGAUGAUUUGGAUCUUGAGAGUAUCGAGGACGGUUACUUAGAGCUGGAUACAACUGAGUUUGAGAUGGGAACAGUGAUGGACGCUGUUGUCAGCCAAGGAAUGAUCACAUCAAGAGAAAAGGGUCUUCAAUUAAUCCGGGAGACUCCCAGUGAGAUUAAGAACAUGUGUUUAUAUGGGGACCAAGUCCGGUUACAACAAGUGCUUGCAGACUUUUUGUUAAAUGCUGUGCGAUUCACCCCAUCCUCUGAAGGCUGGGUCGGGAUCAAGGUGGUCCCAACAAAGAAGCGCCUGGGUCGAGGCGUUCAUGUCAUGCACCUAGAAUUCAGAGUUACACAUCCUGGACUGGGUCUUCCUGAAGAGCUGGUUCAUGAAAUGUUUGGUCGAGGACGAGGCAUGACUCAAGAAGGCCUGGGUCUGAGUAUGUGUCGUAAACUUGUAAAGCUAAUGAAUGGUACUGUUCAAUAUAUCAGAGAAACAGGUAAGAGCUGCUUUUUAGUUGAAGUAGAGCUUCCCUUGGCACAGAGAGAUGAUGCAGGUAGUGUGAGAUCUACUGUUGUCUAGUUUAUUAGAGCAACAAUCUAUGAGUACUUUUUGUCAUAUAUCACUUUUCACAUUUUGGUAUGUGCUAGGGGUCAAUACACAGGCUUGUCAAAUUAAGUGUUUAGUUUGGUGACCGGUCCUAUCAUUCUCUUCUAUUGAUGGUUUCAAGUAUAAUCUUGCGAUUUGUGACGUGUUCUUCCGACUUUAGGUUAUACUUGAUGAAGCUUUCAACAAGAUAUUAGACUCUGAUCUUUUCCUUGUAGUGCGAAGUGUAAGUAUAUUGACGAAGACGAUCUAUAUGACCAUGGUCGUCUUGGUAGAUCGUGAAGAUAUUUGUUCUGUGUAGAAGUUAAAUAACAACUUUGCCAGUACAAUUGAUGACAUGCUUCUCGGGACAGCAUGCAGUGCUUAUAUUUUUUGCGUAGAAGUUUGUAUUUCUCAAGUUUUUUCCAAUUACAUGUACUUGCCCUUGCUUCUCAACUUCCCGUAAGGGGCUGUAUUUGGUUUUUA